CUCGCCUCCCCCCAGGGGCCCUUCUCCUCACCUUUUGCGACGUUCGCGUGGGCCGCCCCGACCCUGGACUCUGGCUACGGGGGGGUUGGUGGUGGUGGCCAGGCGCAUUGUCAAGAAAGCAUCGGCAUCGGUCGCAAUCUGGGGGGAUUUCCUUUGGGCCAAACGAUGCCUGGGUUUCUGGAUCUGCCGCUGGAGCUGCGCAACCAUGUGUACGAGAUGCUGCUUGGCGAAGAACUGGAACAGUCGUUCCGCGGCGUCAUGGUCGUGUCGGAAGUCUAUGUGCGCCAUGACCUGCCGCUGCGCUGCUAUCGGGGCCUGUUGCGCGUGUGCCGCCAGACGUAUCGCGAGUUCAAGCAGGCCAUCCAGCACCAGGUGGCGUCGAAGCGGCUGCGCUAUGAAUUGGACAUUACCUUUUCGCACGGCCGACCCUACUUCUCGCUGACGUGGAUACAAUUCGCCGCGCUGUCGCCCACCAUCAACCAGCUGUGCAUCAACGUCGACCUGCGCACGCGCGAGCCGCUGCGAGACGGGCCACGAGAAUCCUUUGUGCCGCAUGAGCACGAGCUGGCGCAUUUGCUCGAGCACUCGCCCACGUGUUUUGCCAAGCAGCUCUUCGACUACAUUGCCAUCUUCCUCAAGACGCUGGCCAAUCUGCUCUUCCAGGCCGACCCCCACUUCAGCGUCCUCUACACUGAAUGCAUGACGCUCAACCUGCGCACUCCCACAAAAGUCGUCGCCCUCGGCGGCAGCGGCCACAACCCCAUUGCCCUCUCCCGCAGACUUCGCGUCGACCAGACAGAGGCCCGCAAGCUGCACGAUACCAUGCGCGACACCCUGCGUGCCACGUCCAAGCACUUCCAGGCCUUUGACGCAAACGACUGCAAUCGCCUCUUUCCCCUCAUCCAAAUCGGCUGUCUGCGCUUUGCCACCGAAGGUCAAGUCUGGGGUGAGGGGCACAAUUUAGUGCUUGCACAUGACGAUUUCCAGUGGCUUCGAUACUAG